AUGCCUCCCAAAAAUACGAAUGGCUCCUCUGGCCAGGUGAGCCAUCGAUUACGCAACUUCUUUCGUAUCAACAGCCCGGCGCCUGGCGACAAGGAAAAGAGUACCUCGACCUCGGUCGGCUCCUCCAACAACACAGUCACCACAGCCAAUGCCCACGACAAUGUUGCUAGUCCCAAGCCCUCGCGCCACACAAAGUUCUUUAGCAAUACCGUCGGCCGACUUCGCGCCCAUACUGUCGCUAGCGAGGGUAACCAGCUCGACGAGGCCAUGAGCCCGACUGCUCAUGCCAACCCUUACUUUGUCCAUCAGGGCCAGCCUGGCCUCCGCCAUCAUAACGACAGCUCCGUGCCCCCUAGCCCCCCCGAUACUCCCUCGCUGCACGUCUCCGGUCCCGCGGGCGGUCCCGAGCAACACGCCACCGCCGAGACCAAAGAGGAGCUCGCGCGCAGGUUGCGAAGAGUCGCUAGCGCCCCCAAUGCUCAAGGCAUGUUUGUCAGUGAUGCCGACAAGGUCGUCGCCAUGGGCGGCGAGCGUCCGGGUACCGCCGAGCUUGGCAAGGAUCCCGUCUUUCACAACCCCGACUCCGGCAGGCUUGGUCUCAUCGGUUCCGUCUCCGCCCAAGCCAAAGCUCACGCCGCCGGUCUGCAUGAUGAAGAUACCCUCGGCGCCCUUCCGCUACCAAAAACUGCCAAUGCCGCCUUCCGCCGAACCUAUAGUUCCAAUUCCAUCAAGGUCCGCAACGUUGAAGUUAGUCCCUCCAGCUUUGACAAGAUCAAGCUUAUCGGAAAGGGAGACGUUGGAAAAGUCUAUCUCGUCCGUGAAAAGAAGAGCAAUCGUCUAUAUGCCAUGAAGGUCUUGAGCAAGAAAGAGAUGAUCAAACGCAACAAGAUCAAGAGAGCCCUCGCUGAGCAAGAAAUUCUGGCCACAAGUAACCACCCCUUCAUUGUCACCCUCUACCACUCUUUCCAGUCGGAGGAUCAUCUCUAUCUAUGCAUGGAGUAUUGCAGCGGUGGCGAAUUCUUCCGCGCCCUCCAGACUCGCCCCGGAAAGUGCAUUCCCGAAGAUGACGCGCGAUUCUACGCUGCCGAAGUCACGGCCGCUUUGGAAUAUCUGCAUCUUAUGGGCUUCAUCUACAGAGAUCUCAAGCCCGAAAACAUUCUUCUGCAUCAGUCCGGGCACAUUAUGCUUUCGGAUUUCGACUUGUCAAAACAGUCUGACCUCGGCGGCAAACCAACCAUGAUUGUCGGCAAGAAUGGUGCGCGAACCGACGCUCUUCCAACCAUCGAUACAAGAUCUUGCAUCGCCAACUUCCGCACAAACUCAUUCGUCGGCACCGAGGAGUACAUUGCGCCAGAGGUUAUUAAAGGUAGCGGUCAUACAAGUGCCGUCGACUGGUGGACCCUCGGCAUUCUUAUCUACGAAAUGCUCUACGGCACAACUCCUUUCAAGGGCAAGAAUCGCAAUGCCACCUUUGCCAACAUUCUUCGCGAGGACAUUCCUUUCCCUGACCACGCUGGUGCUCCACAAAUCUCGAAUCUUUGCAAGUCUAUUAUCCGUAAGCUGCUGAUCAAGGAUGAGAACCGCCGACUAGGAGCUAGAGCUGGCGCUUCCGACAUUAAAGUUCACCCCUUUUUCCGUACCACACAGUGGGCACUCAUUCGACAUAUGAAGCCCCCCAUCGUUCCUCAUGCUGGCCGCGGCAUCGAUACUGUCAAUUUCCGAAACGUCAAGGAGAGCGAAAGCGUCGAUAUCAGCGGUGCCAGGCAGAUACCAGGUGUCCCUCUGGAUAGUGGACUGUCCACGCCAGGCAACGAAAUCGCAGACCCGUUCCUCGAGUUCAACAGCGUCACUCUACACCAUGACGGCGACGAUCACGGUCAUCACGAGCAUCAUAGCUAUCAAAACGGAAUCCGAAUAUAG